GAAAACCUCAUCUGGAUGCGGUACUCUGGAAGAGAACGGUGAUCUCCUUCCACAGAAAUAAAGAAAAUCCCACCCUUGAGUCAUCAGCUAUUCUCUGGGGCGAUAAGAGAAGAAGAUAGACCUUGCUCAGCAUGACCAAAGAAGGAAAGAAUACCAACCUUUUCAGUCUCUCUUCAUAGAAUAAACAACCUAUCCACAUAAUUAUGGAAGACAUUGACUUAGAAAUUGCUGGACAGGCACCAAAGUAUUCUACUAAUGUGGAUGUAGAUGACAGGAGACACAAAGAAAAAGAAGAAAAAAGCAAACCAUCUGAAAUCGUUGGUCCAAUCACAAUUUUUCGAUAUGCAGAUGGGCUGGAUAUAACUCUUAUGGUAUUUGGAACAAUAGCAGCACUACUGAAUGGAGUUUGCCUUCCUCUGAUGUCAUUGGUUUUUGGUGAAAUGAGCGAUGGCUUUGUGAGUGGUUGUAUAUCCCAGGAGAGUUUACCAAGUUCAUUGAGCUGCAAUCAGUCACAAGUGCCCUUUGAAGAACAAAUGACAGAGUUUGCUUUAUAUUAUGUUGGUAUUGGAGCGACUGCCUUAGUGUUUGGCUACCUACAGAUUUCCUUUUGGGUUUUGGCGGCAGCAAGGCAAACAAAGAAAAUAAGAAAAACUUUCUUCCACGCAAUUUUGGGACAGGAACUCAGCUGGUUCGAUAGCAGUAAUAGUGGAGAGCUUAACACACGUCUGACGGAAGACAUUAAUAAAAUCAAUGAUGGCAUUGGAGACAAAGUCGCUCAGCUAUUUCAAAACAUGUCAACGUUCACAGUAGGCAUAGUGAUUGGCUUUAUAAAGGGGUGGAAACUUACACUUGUGAUUCUGUCCACAAGCCCCCUCGUAGUACUAUCAGCAGCUUUUUGUUCUAAGAUGAUCAUCACAUUAACCAGUAAGGAGUUAACAGCCUAUGCCAAAGCAGGUGCAGUAGCAGAAGAAGUCCUGUCAUCAGUGCGAACUGUUGUAGCCUUUGGAGGACAAGAGAAGGAAAUCAAUAGAUAUACAAGUAAACUAGGAGAAGCAAAAAACCUUGGUAUAAAAAAGGCUAUUGCUUCUAAGCUGUCUCUUGGUUUUUUGUACCUAAUUAUAAAUGGAUGCUACGGCCUUGGGUUUUGGUAUGGAACUACCUUAAUUCUUGAUGAGAAUACUGGCUAUUCAAUUGGGACUGUCCUGGCUGUUUUCUUCUGUGUAACUUUUAGUAGUUAUUGCCUGGGCACAGCAGCACCACACUUUGAAACUUUCUCUAUUGCUAGAGGAGCUGCCUUUAAAGUUUUCAAGAUCAUUGAUCAGAAACCCAAUAUAGAUAGUUUUUCUUCAGAUGGACACAAACUCGAUCACAUAAAGGGAGCACUUGAAUUUAAUAAUGUACAGUUCAGUUAUCCUUCAAGACCAGAUGUCCAGGUUUUGAAAGGCCUUACUCUGAAAAUUGACUGUGGACAAACGGUGGCAUUGGUUGGAAGCAGUGGAUGUGGUAAGAGCACAAUGGUCCAGCUGCUUCAGAGGUUUUAUGAUCCACAGGAAGGAAUGAUCACAGUGGAUGGACAUGACAUAAAGUCCCUUAAUCUGAGACAUUACCGAGAAUUCAUUGGUGUGGUCAGUCAGGAACCUGUUCUGUUUGGGACAACAAUUAGAAACAAUAUAAGAUAUGGUCGAGAGGAUGUAACUGAUGAAGAAAUUGAGAAUGCAGCAAAAGAAGCAAAUGCUUACGAUUUUAUCAUGGAGUUUCCUGAUAAAUUCAAUACCCUUGUAGGAGAAAGAGGAGCACAGAUGAGUGGUGGCCAGAAGCAGAGAAUAGCCAUAGCUCGAGCUUUGGUGCGCAACCCUAAAAUUCUCUUGUUAGAUGAGGCCACAUCUGCCCUGGAUACAGAAAGUGAGUCAGUAGUCCAAGCUGCACUGGAAAAGGCCAGCAAAGGUCGAACCACUCUUGUAAUAGCUCAUCGGCUUUCCACCAUUCGGACUGCAAAUGUAAUAGUGGCCUUAGCGGAUGGUGCUGUGGCUGAAGUAGGAACACAUUCAGAGCUGAUGGAGAAAAGGGGGUUAUAUUAUUCACUUGCAACAGCACAGUCUAUUAAAACAGAAGACCAUGAAGAAUCAACAGAAACUAUUACCUUAAAAGAUAGUGAAGAAGUGUUCCCCAUCAAUGGGUUGAUUUCCAAAAGAGCAAGCAUAAAACAUGUUCCACAAAAGAAGGCUGAAGAAGAAGCUGCACCCGAAGAGGAACACCUUCCCAAAGUUUCUUUCCUCAAGCUUUUUAGAUUAAACAAGUCUGAGUGGCCUUUCAUUGCACUGGGGACACUAGCUGCUGUUAUUAGUGGAGCAUGUCACCCUAUCUUUUCCAUCAUAUUUGCUAAAAUUAUAACAAUCUUUUCAAUAAAAGAUGAUCCAGAGAGGAUCCAGCACAAAGCUAACAUUUUCUCCAUCACAUUUGCUGUUAUAGGUGGUGUUUGCUUUAUCACUUGGUUUUUGCAGGGACUCCUUUAUGGGAGGUCAGGAGAAAUCCUAACAAUGAGAUUAAGGCAUAUGGCAUUUAAAGCCAUGCUGCGGCAGGAAAUCUCUUGGUUUGAUGAUAAGAAAAACAACACCGGAGCUCUGACAACAAGAUUAGCCACAGAGGCAGCACAAAUUCAAACAGCAACAGGCACAAGGCUUGGUGUAAUAGCACAAAACAUCUCCAGCAUGGGAUUGUCUGUCGUCAUUUCUUUUAUAUACGGGUGGGAGAUGACUCUGCUGAUCCUAGUGAUGGCGCCGGUGCUUGCUGUGACUGGGAUGCUGGAGACCAGUGCAUUGACUGGAUUUGCCAACCGAGAUAAAAAGGAACUUCAGCGAGCAGGAAAGGUAGCAACUGAAGCUGUGGAGAACAUUAGAACAGUUGCUUCAUUAACUAGAGAGAGCGCUUUUGAACAAAUGUAUGAAGAAAACCUGCAGAAGCCAUACAGGAAUGCUCAGAAGAAAGCUCAGAUCUACGGUUCCUGUUAUGCAUUCAGCCAGGCUUUUAUGUAUUUCACCUAUGCAGCAAGCUUUCGAUUUGGGGCAUACUUAAUUACAGUUGGAAGAAUGACCCCAGAGGGUGUUUUCACAGUUUUUUCUGCAAUUGCUUAUGGCUCUAUGGCACUUGGCGAGACGUUAACCUUUGCACCUGAAUAUGCCAAAGCCAAAUCAGGGGCUGCACACUUGUUUGCUCUGUUUGAAAGGACACCAGCCAUUGAUAGCUACAGCCAAGAAGGAGAAAAACCAGCUACAUUCAGAGGAGGUUUAGAGUUCCGUGAAGUGUCUUUCACUUAUUCAUCUCGCCCAGAUGUUCCCAUCCUGCAAGGCUUGUCUCUUCAGAUUGAAAGAGGACAAACCGUGGCGUUUGUUGGCAGCAGUGGAUGUGGGAAAAGCACUUCUGUUCAGCUUUUACAGAGAUUCUAUGACCCUCUCACAGGGCAAGUGCUCUUUGAUGGCAUCAAUGCAAAACAUUUGAAUAUCCAGUGGCUACGCUCUCAAAUAGGAAUAGUCUCCCAAGAGCCAGUGCUUUUUGACUGCAGCAUAGCUGAGAAUAUUGCCUAUGGGGAUAACAGUCGGAAUGUACCAUUGGAUGAGAUACAAGAAGUAGCAAAAGCAGCAAAUAUUCAUUCUUUUAUAGAAGAACUUCCCGAGAAAUACAACACCCGGGUUGGAGAUAAAGGAACACAGCUCUCGGGUGGCCAGAAACAACGAAUAGCUAUUGCAAGGGCUCUUCUCCGGCAACCAAAAAUUUUGUUGUUAGAUGAGGCCACUUCUGCUCUUGAUAAUGAGAGUGAAAAGGUGGUGCAACAGGCCCUUGACCAGGCACGGAAAGGAAGGACUUGUAUUGUGAUUGCUCACAGGCUGUCCACAGUACAGAAUGCAGAUGUCAUUGUUGUUAUUAACAAUGGAAAAGUAAUAGAACAAGGAACUCAUCAGCAACUAAUGGCAAAGCAUGAAGCCUAUUUUAAUUUAGUAAACACAGCUCUAAAAGAAGGAUAGCCCCUGAGGCCUUCUUUAGAAAUGAGCUGUCAGGAAAAAGAGUAGUUAGCAUCCAGAGGAUGUGAUCUGACCUUAUAGGCUUACCAGCAACUCUUCUUUGGACAUGCAGAUGCUCCGCAGGACCUGGAGUAGUUUAACUUGCUCAGCAUUCUUGCUGUUGGAGUAGAAAGAUGCCCUUUUUGGGAAAACCAUGUCGGAGAGGUUUAAACUAUAGACUGGGAUUUAAUACUGAGUCAGUGGGAUCAUGGGAAAACCUCUAUUUCUCAUGUUAUCUACAGAGCAUGUUUCAGUAUUUCCCUCAGGAGGGGUUACUCUAUUCCCUCUCCCUGCUCCAUAAAAUAUGCAACUGGACAGGAACUCUUUUUGCUUUAGCAGAUAUAUAGAGAUGUAGAUAUAAAAAUCUUAAUUAUAUAUCAUUUGAAAUCAAUGUUAGAGUUCUUCUUGGUUUUUUUAUAAAAGUUGGUUUAAAUCAUUACAUGUAUGCUACUUUUGAAACUAGCGAUGGGCCUGACCAAGCAACCCAACAUUUGUUAAAAGUUUGCAUCCAUAUUCAGGCUUCAUUACAUAGCGCAUCUUGAGUUUAAAUUAGUUACUAAUCCACUAACCCAUAAAUCCCAAUUUAAACUGUUACAGAAUCCCUGCUAGGGAUUUUAACAGGCUGUAUUAUUUCCAGAUAUGCUAUUGAGUUUAUGGGUAUUUAAGUUUUCCUUCUGCUUCUUUUAUGCAUUAGAAAUAUUGUAUUGUAUUAUUAUUUUUAUUGCCAUAGCACUUGGGAGCUCUAAUCAUGGAUCAGGACCCCACUGUGCUAGGUGCUAUACGUACACAGAACAAAAAAGCCAUAUGUGCCCGCAAGAGCUUAUAAUGUAAGUGUGUAUAUAUAAGACAAGAGACAACAAAUGGGUAUAAAAAGACAAGGAAACAAUGAAACAAUAUCUUCAUUUCACUGGUUUUGGGGAGUCCUUAAGGCAGUGGUCCCCAACAUUUAUGGCACCAGACGAUGAGCCACGGAGGACUGUGGCAGCGGAUGAGUAUCCGCCAAAAUGCUGCCGACAAGCAGCAACAUCAAUAGGGAUCGUCGCCAAAAUACCACUGACAAGUAGCAUCAUCCAGAGGCAUCACCACAAAAAUGCCGCCAAAAAUCUGCAGCAUUUUGGUGGUGAUGCCUCUGGAUGAAUCUGCUUGUUGGCAGCAGUUCGGCAGAUGCUCAUCUGCCGGCCAGUACGUGGGCGCACUCAGACACCCUGGUGGGCACCAUGGCACCCACGGUUACCGUGCUGGGGACCCCUGCCUUAAGGACUAUAGGACUGGCUUAGGAAUAUUCUCAGCUCACAACUGAUGGUGGAAGGGUACUGAAUCUUCCUAAAGUUUUUCUCCCAAGUGUUUGUCAAGAAUUCGAGUUAAAUGAGUGUGAACAAAAAUCCUGUCCCUCUCCGUUUGCUCAAGUUUCCAUCUCUUGUAAUGUCAUAAUCCUACUAGCUCUCCAUUCCCCAAAGGAAUUCUUCAGCAAUAUGAAAAAAUCAAGCAGUUAUAAUUCUCCUUUAAAAACAAGGCCUUUUCUCUUUAGCAGUCACUUUUAAGAGUGGCUCAAUUUCCAAGAGACAUUUUAUAUUUAAUCAGGUUCUUAUGAUUCUGUUAAGGGGGUUAGGAAAUUAUAAACUAACGUGAAAGCUGUCAAAGGGUUACAAGUUUUUUUUUCUUUAAAAUGCUAAAGGCUAAAUCCUCACAUUACUUGUGUAUCUUUUUUCAGACAAGCCACUUAAAUGUAGUGUAAUCUUGACUGCAAUAUACAGGUUAUGAUAUCUGGGAUCCUUCCAAACUGUGUGUGCUAAGUGUGUUCCAAGUUUAGGGUAAAUUUAUCUCUCAAAGGUCUUAGCCCAAAGCAUAACUAAUUCGAAUUCUGCUAUGCAGAGCCUAGCAUAAAUCAGGCCAAUCCCACUGAAAGGUUUAUUUCUACCUAUAGGUGAAGUGACUAAAGCAGCAGCUACAGCUUCCUCAGAUAUGGACAGAUAUACAGAAUACCCUGUUAAAUCACUUAACAUAAUGAAGUGUCCUUAAUCCAGAACACUGCAGAACACAGAACAGUGCAGAUAUUCACAUAUGUAAAAUAUAUAAAAUGCAAAUAUUAACAAUUGAAAACAAUCUGGAUUAAGGACACUGGAAGAUUCCAUUCCAUAAAUCCACAAAUAUUCAGGCAAGUUUAUGAAGCAUCAAAUCCUACUCACAUAUAUUUCAUCCAGCAUACAGGGAAAUGUUAUAUAAGUGUUCACAGCAUGAAAUAUGAUAGUAAGACACAGCUUCUCCACACUGGCCUGCAGAGUGGACUAUGGAGGGGUGUAUUGCACAGCACACCAAAGAAUUGCGCUCUAACUGCCCCCAUGUGGCGGCUGCUGGUGCAAACUAAAAGGUACCUAAUUCAUGGUAACAGAGUCCUGUUUGAAAGAGAUGCACUCUGAAAUUCACGCCCCCAUAGUCCACACUAUGGCACAAAGACGUAGCCUUAGACAUAGUUAUUUCUGUUUCUCAAAAUAUCCAAUCUUAUCUUAUGAUAUUUGACUAAAAAAGGCUUUUCAACCAAACAAAAUGUACACACAGAAACCAGUUUUCAACAUUUUUCAGGUUUUCAUCAAAAACAAAAAGUCUAAAUAUUUGGAUUAAAAUUAAACAAAUUUCAUUUUCAUCAAAAAUAGUUGGGGAGGGGGGAAUAAUUUCCAACCAGCUCUGAUUAUCGGACCUUCCACCCAGAACGAGACCAAGUGUGUUCCAACCCAUCAGCUUACCUGGAGUACUACAUUAGAAGUUCAGCCUCUUUCAUUCAGAUUAACAAAUCAUUUUAUAAUGCUACUCUUGUCAUUCAGUUACUCUUAAUUACCAUGGUUUAUCUUCACAGGUUGUAAAACCAAAAUGGGCCAUUAUGAUAAUCUAAUCUGAACUCCUACUUAACACAGGCCAUAGGACUUAAUUUCUGUUUGAACUAGAGCAUGUUUUCUAGACAAAAAUCAAUCCUGAUUUUUUUUUUAAUUUUCCUCACAAUAAUCCAGCACAACCCCUGGUAAAUUGUCCCAGUGUGCUGGUUCACAACACUAUUCAUUGAAAUUUAGUCCAGCUGCCCCUCCAUCAUGACAGAAGAGUGGCAGUGCCAAAUCUGCCACUCUAGGGCUGGUCUACACUAAAGCUAUAAAUUGACCUAUAUUACGCUACUUCACUUAUGUAAAUUACGUAACUGAAGUUGAUGUAAUUUAGGUCGACUUGCAGCGAGCGGUGUCUACACUGUGCUAUGUUGAUGGGAGAUGCUCUCCCGCCAGUUUACCUUCCACUUCUCAGGGAGCUGAAGUACAAAUGUCGAUGGGAGAGUGCUCUGCCAUCGACUUAGCUUGUCUUCACCAGACCCGUUAAAUCAACAUUGCUGAAUCAAUCAUAGCAGUGCUGAUUAAGACAGAAGUAUAGACAAGCCCUAAGUCUAUGAGGACGGAGGUGACUCAAUAAAGUUUUACUUAGUGCACUAGUUUGUCUUGAGAUGCCUGUAAUCCUCAAUCUUUACAAACUGUGGCUGGAGAAAGCUUCAUUGAUGAAUCAUCACUGUUCCCUUUAUUUUCAUCAGUUUUAAUCAUAACCCAGCAACAGCCCUCACACUGGUGCAUCAUUCCACCCUUUUUGUUCCCAUAAAAACACUUUCUUAAAUUAAUGCUUCAUGGAUAAAUCCUUGUCCAGUUUAAAAUUAUACAUUUACUAAUUGGUUUAAAAAUAUUGCAGUAUGCAAAUUUUCAAAGAGACUCUGCAACACAAAUUAAAACGUUAGAAUUGUAAUGAGAGGGACACACACAGCUUUAUAUUUAUUUGUACAGUAGCUCUGAACUAUGGAAACUCAUUAAUAAUAUUCUGCAUCAGUCAAAGUGCUUACCUUAUGUUAUGACCCCCUCCCUGCCUCACCAGCCAGUUAUUUCACCAUUAAAUGCCCAUUUUUCUGCUUCUGCUACAAAAGUUGUCAUAGUUCUUUCCACACUGCUUCACAUGCAUGGAGCAUUCUCUGAAUUAAGCCAUAAAGCUGUUAUCUUCUCUUCAGACAGAUCCACUCCUUCUGUGACACCCACAAUAAAUCAGCCAAUGAGUAAAGGAUGAGUGGGUCAGUAGUUGGAAAUACCUGAUUUUA